AUGGGGAAAUCUAUUAAAAUUUUUAUGCAAAUUUUAUUUUCAAUAUUACAAAUAAUAUUUUUUUUAAUAUGCAGUGUUUGUUUAUGGCUUUUAAUUGCAAUUCCAGUUAUAUUUACAUAUUAUAGAUUUAAAUUUUAUAAGAAAACUAAAAAUUCAACAUUGCAUAUUGGUAUUUUUCAUCCCUAUUGCAACGAUGGAGGAGGAGGAGAAAGAGUUUUGUGGGCAGCUGUGAAAAACAUUUUCGAAAAGUACCCUAAAACAAACAUUGUUGUUUACACUGGAGAUGUCGAAUAUUCACCAGAAGAAAUACUAUCAAAAGUACAACAAAGAUUUAAUUUAAAUUUUCAAGGAAAAUUAGAGUUUGCUUAUUUAAAUCACAGAAAAUGGAUCGAACCAGUAAAAUACCCUUAUUUUACUUUACUCGGACAAUCGUUGGGGUCCAUUUUUUUAGGUAUGGAAGCCCUCUCGCUCCAUCAGCCAGAUUUAUUCAUAGAUACCAUGGGCUAUGCAUUUACCUAUCCUUUAUUUAAAUACAUUGGACAUUGUAAGAUAGCGACAUACACUCAUUAUCCUACGAUAACCACGGACAUGUUAAAAAUUGUUUCAAAACGAGUUUCUACUUAUAAUAAUAGGCAAUUUGUAGCGAAAUCUCCUUUUUUAACUGGUGGAAAAUUAAUUUAUUAUAAAAUAUUUGCAUGGCUUUAUGGCAUGGUAGGAAGAACUGCAGAUAUAGUUAUGGUAAAUUCCACUUGGACUGAACAACACAUAAAUGAACUCUGGCAACAACCCAUGUCGACUCAUUGCGUUUAUCCUCCUUGUGCUAUUGAAAAUUUAAUCAGCAUACCGAGAGAUAAUGUAGAUCAAAAAGGUUUAAUUAAAAUUUUGUCCAUCGGACAAUUCAGACCGGAAAAAAAUCAUCCUUUACAACUGAGAGCUUUGUAUCAGCUCAGAGGAUUGAUAUCGGAAGAGCUUUGGAACAGGGUUCAGUUGGUUUUGGUUGGUGGUUGUAGAAAUGCAGAAGACAAAAGAAGAGUUAAAGAUAUGGAAGAUUUAUGUAAACACUUAUCGUUGGAAAAUAAUGUUGUUUUUAAAUUAAACAUACCAUACUCGGAAUUGUUGAAAGAAUUGACAGAAUCCACAAUUGGUCUUCAUGCAAUGUGGAAUGAACACUUUGGAAUAGGUGUCGUAGAAUGCAUGGCUGCAGGAUUAAUAAUGGUCGCUCACAAAUCCGGUGGUCCUAAAACGGAUAUCAUAAUCGAAACCGAAGAUAGUAGAACAGGAUUUUUAGCCGUGGACGAUGAUGAAUACGCUCAAGUUUUAGCAUUUAUAUUACAAAUGUCACAAAAGCAGAAAGAAAAAAUCAUAUUGGCAGCAAGAUCAUCCGUUCAAAGGUUUUCCGAAAAAGAAUUUGGAAAACAAUUUUUAAGAAUAAUGGAUCCUUUAUUAAAAAACGUGAAUCACUCAAUGUAA